GAUACAUCAAUUGACUCAAACUACGGGUGUUCUCCGCUCGCUUUACAUCACGUCUUGUAAAAUAUAGUUUUGCAGAUAAUACUAUUGAGAACAUUGCAUUCCCAAUUAUUUCGACUUUAAUUGAUUUUGAUAGAUAAGGUAGAGUAUCCCAUGUCCCAACGACGGUGACACGCGAAUGGGAGGUGUGAAGACUGGUGGAGGCGGGAACUGCUAGUAAUCUGCGGAUGGAAACGUUGUGACUAUCACAUCAUGGCAAAUCCAUCGUCGGAUAUGGAGUCUUUCAACAACAUGCUUGAAGACGCCAGGCCAACUAGAAACUGCUACACAGAUUUUCACUCGCAUGGAGCUCCUUAUGUACCUGUGGAUACAACUCCAAUAAUCACGGCGGAAACGACGUCAUUCAAAAGCAGUAGAUUUGGACCCGGAGAAUUGAUACCACUUCAACCAAACGCAUGUGUCGAAAGACCAGACUUGGAAGACUUUCGGAUAUCUAGAGGUAGGGAAACAUGUUUCUGUCCAGACUGUUUGCCUUUGCGCCGAUGUAGUUCAACGGCCUCCGGCAGCAUUUAUACACGUACAAAUUAUUUGAAUGCAAGGACUCCCACAUUCCCCUACCAACUGCCGCCCUCCCACGUCUCCAAAGCGCACGAACCGACGACACACACCCUGGCAUUCGCACGUAACCGUUCAUAUCAUGCAGGAAUGCAGCCGGAACGGCCCGUAGGGUUUCGACCGCCACAGCGGCACUUCAUCGCUUUUGACCAUAGUAGUUCACCAUACAUUCACAGGAUGGGAAACACUGACAAUGAAUACGUGACCGCUCCACAACCCACGUUUGUUCGACCAGGCAUCGGGCCAACGAACCCUGCCGACAAGCUGGGUUACGGCCCGCAAAUAGACGAAGAACCUCUCGACCUUUCGGCAUCCGGUAGUAGUGCCAAAUUUGCGUUCUUCGACAACAGUCAGAAAUGCGGACGCAGCAUUGGCACAGAACCUCUUGUAAAGCGGAUAAGACUCAGUCAAACCCAACCAGCAGAAAUAGACACUAGAAUGUUGUCGUCUUCCCGUGACGUCCAGAGGACAAACGUGUCCACUUGCACAGAAGGUCCCAAACUUCCAGACUUAAGCGAGCAACCAAGAGGUGAUAUGCUCGAGUUCCGCCAGGAGUGGACGGCACUUCCAAGAAAUGCAUUGACGCAAAUGCCAGGUCCUAAACCACAACUUUUCGCAAACUCCUUUGUUGGUUUCUCUCCUGCGUCUCCCCCGCACGUCUCAGGUCCUCCAGAAAAUGUCGCAGAAAGCGCACAAAGUUCUUUAGGGGAGGCUACCCAAAUGAUAACUACUGCGGGAGAGAGUCACCAGGUUGGCUACAUCAGAACUAGUUGGGACCGGAGUGAAGAUAACGCGAAGACAAUGUCAGUGGGUAUGGCCCCACCUUGCUUACAGCCUCGGGUGUGCACUGGUAGCCCAUCGGUGAACUUGCAGCACGAACAGCAAGUGUUGAUUAACGACUCACGUCGUCAUGGAACCGCUACUUCGUCCACAAACACCGCUCAAUUGCAAGAUGGUCAGCCAUUUCGCGAGGACACAAGUAAGCAUACGGUGCUUAUACCUAUAGGUAACGUUAUCGUCCCUGUUCACGGUAUCCGUGCGUUCAGCAUCGCAGAAAGGCCAAUGAUGGUGCAAUGUAAGAGUGCCCUCGCGCCACAGGAGGAGAGAAGUGCCGAAUGUGUCAAAUUGCGACAAUACCUGACGAGCGACAAUGGCGUUGUUGGAGUUCAAACACAUUAUCAAGCUAAUGCAUAUACAGACUUAAAUCAUGACUUGCGUCCUUCCAGCAUUAACAGGCCAUCUUCUAAGGUAAUGACGGAGAGUUGUACGAAGUCCAAAGGAAACGCAAAUCAAAUUGGGAGAGACGAGAUUGCCUAUCAGCCUCCUUUGCCGCAGCACCAACCUGAGGUCGUGAAUCCAUUUGCGACCUCGCCUGAUGCCUGCAUUACGAGCUCCCUGCCUAUACUCGUGUCUUUACUUACAGGAUCAGUAGAGUCAUAUCCCACCCAUCCCGUUUCUUCGCCAGCAUCCUUGCCACCAAACGUUACUGCGCAAUUCGUCUCACCUGACCCCGCUUUACAACAAAGCAAUGGCGACGACACUAAGCCCAAACGGAGGUCUGUGUCUAUGGAUGUAAGUUUGAAUUGUGCGGGCCUAUCAGAAAACCGUCCUGAGCAAAGCAACACAAAGUGUGGGUCGGAUGAACAUGAUGCAUUCGCCAACGCCCGAUUGCCCAAUGACUGUCCAAACAAAGUGCCAUUACAAAAGAGAUCACUGGGACCGAUGGCAAGUCAUGAACAGCCAAAAUCAUCAGAAGGACAUGUUAACAAAAGGAACGAAGAUGGGUGUACGUGGAUCGAUCAGGCUAUCGAGGGUGUGGUGUUGGGAGCUCUAUUCGACCGCCCUUUCUCAGAACUCUUCGACUACUGGAUGAGUUGUCAGCCUGUGUUCCUUGUGACUGAAGGGCAUUAAGAAGUCAGUAGGCUGGGAUGCCUUCAUUUGUGACCAGAUAAAACUAGUAGUUCAGGGUCAGGAAAACAGGACAGAAACCAAUGUCAACCAGCCAUUUGUAGUCCCCAGUUCCACUCCUUGGGAAAAUGUGAAUAUGAUUGUAACGUAAAAGACUCAAUAACCAAGCAUCUAGCAAACAGGAAACGCCAAAUGUUGCUGUUUUCAUAUCAAAUUAUCAAUGUUUUCGUCAGUAACAUGUGUUCCAAAUACUAGCAAGUCGGUCACAGACACAUGUAGGCUGGACACAUUUGAAAUGGCAUACGUAAAGUGACCAAGACAAAAAUUUAGGUCUUCUGAUAAAAAAAAACUUCCUGAGUAAGAAAGAAGUGCAGAUAAUUGUAUUUCAAAAAGUCCUUAAAGAAUGGAGAAGUGCACAAUACUUCUACUAGAUGCAAAUAAAA